UACACAACAAGGGCUUCAAGUGUACUGCAAAAGCCCGAUGGAUGAGCUAAAGCCCAAAGUAGAAAGGAGAGAGAGAAUCAACGAAUCAAUAGUAUAAGUGCCCGCCUCUUUUACACAAACACAAAUUCGUCUCUCUUUCUCUCUCUUCAUAAUUUUUCCCUCCACUCUCAAACCCUCACCUAUGAUCUGAUGUCGAACUCUGGCGAGAAUCAGAACCCUACACCUCAGCCGUCUCAGCUUAAGUUUGAGUUGCUUGAUCAACCUCAUUCUCAUUUUCAAUAUCAAUCGAGUAAUCUGCAUCUUCCUUGUAGUAACAAUCACUUCAAUUUCAAUUGUAACCUUCCCUUGGGUCUCCAACUGCAAGCAGCUGAUACUCCUUCUGCUUUUCGUAGACUCGCUUUGAAGCAAAAUAAUGAAAAAGACAAUCAGGAAGCCAAGGUAACCAUCCCGACGUGCAACAAAGUGGUUGCUGAUCGUACACUUGAUCCUCAGUGCGUCACUGGGGGUAAGCGUAACAGUAGAUCAAAGGUUCCAAAAAAUGUCAGAUCAGGGAGUCAAAAAUCAAAUGCUGAUCUUAAUGGACUGAAUCCAGCCACUGGCUGUCGAUAUGACAGUUCGUUAGGCCUAUUGACUAAGAAAUUUGUCAAGUUGAUCCAGGAAGCCAAGGAUGGCACACUUGAUCUUAACCGAACUGCAGAUGUGUUGGAGGUCCAAAAGAGGAGGAUAUAUGAUAUUACAAAUGUUCUGGAAGGAAUAGAAUUGAUAGAGAAGACUUCAAAAAACCAUAUACGUUGGAAGGGCUACGAUGAUUGUGGAUCAAAGGAGUUGGAGGAUCAUGUUACCGAACUAAAGACUGAAGUUGAAAGUUUACAUGCUGAAGAUCACAGGCUCGAUGAAUCUAUAAGGGAAAAACAAGAGCUUUUGAGGGCCCUGGAGGAAGAUGAAAAUAAAAAGAGAUAUCUCUUCAUGACAGAGGAAGAUAUCACAAGCCUUGCUUGCUACCAGAAUCGAACACUCCUUGCAAUAAAAGCUCCUCAGGCUAGUUAUCUUGAAGUUCCUGAUCCCGAUGAGGAUAUUGGUUCCCCUCAGUAUAAAAUGAUUGUUAGAAGCACCACCGGACCAAUUGAUGUAUACCUCCUAAGUCCACGGAGGGUGGAACUUGAAGGGCUAUCUUUAGAGCACCAGCAAAACCAAAGCAAGAAUCCUGAAGUUUACAGCUCAAUGCAUUCGGAAUCAUCUGGGGUUCAGAAGAUAACUCCUUCAGACUGUGAUAUUGACGAUGAUUAUUGGUUUCGAUCAGAUCCUGAAGUGAGCAUUUCAGAACUGUGGGGGAGUUACAAUUGUUCAUAACAGAAAGGAAAAUCCAGGUAAUUGGUUGUUUAAGGUGUCCCGAAGGGUACUCAUAACAGCCCCUUCAGAGUUAAAAUUGUAAAUUCAAAAGCUAGGUGGUCUUUCCUUUUUAACGAGUUUCACCUAGCUGCCAUUUUUGUUUUUGUUUCUCUCUUAUAAGGUAAUGUAUGAGCAUAGAUGGACUUAAUUUAUGACACUUUUUAUCAUAGGGUGACGUUAACGUAUACCCUCCCUA